CAUUUGUUACUCUGGUAGUCUUGAACCACAACAGACGCACUACAGUUUAGUUCUUCUGCUCCUUGUCUCUCAACAUGACCACAGUCACCUGCCCGAUGUAUGGAGGUCUUUCAGAUCUUGCAGAUGCCGGUGCCGCGAUUCGGACUAUUUGUGAGAGGGUGAAGCAUCAAGCUGAGCAAAAAGCUGGGAAGGCUUACAACCUUUUCAUCGCCAAAAGUUACAAGUCACAAAUUGUGUCCGGAACCAACUUCUUCAUCAAGGUGCACGUGGGAGGAAACGACUACGUCCACAUUCGUGUCUUCCAAGGUCUGACACAAAGCGGGCCAGAGCUGGUCAGCAUCAAGGAGUCCAAGACACAUGAUGAUGAAAUUGAGUACUUCUGAAUGACAAACAC